CUCGCCAGUUUCAUUUGAGCCGCGCUAAAAACCGAUACGCGACAACGGCUGACACAAAAAAAAUAUAACGAUAAUAACAACAACAAAUAGUAUAAAACAAGUCACAACAACAACCACAAACGACAAGCAAUUUUUUGAAUAAUUACAAAAGGCGACGCUAUAAUUGUUGUUAAAAGAAAUUAGCAAGCAAGCCAGCGAAAAACGUGCAACGAAUUUUGUAUGAACAACUACACAAAAGUUGAAGAAACGCAAAGAAAAAAUUUAAGAAAAAAUACAAAAAAAUAAUUAUAGUUCAGUUACGGUGGUAUGAAACAAAAGAUACAUAGAUACCGCAGUACUGAAAGAUACAACGAACCGAACGGAUACAAAGAGAACACCCAACACGACCUUGAGGCAAAGUCGCAAAAACCAUAAAGCAGAGAAACACAAGACAAAUGCUAUAAAGACUAGUCAUCAAAAAUAGCCGAAAAGCAACGAAAUAAAAAAAGGAAAAGAAAAACAGUAAAAAGUAUUAUUUAAAGUGUAUUAUUAAUUAUACGAAAAAAACGAAACCACAACGCCCCCAAAAAAAGAGUCAAACUGAACAAAAAAAACAAUUACGAAUUUAUAGCCUUAAGUUUUUUUUUUUUUUGGUGGGCGUCUCUGUCUCAAAUGUGCCAUAAAAAUAAAGAUAACGUGUAAACGAGAUUUGCAAUUAACUAAAUAAGUGAAUAUUUACCAAGGAAUGUGGUGUUGUGUGUCGUCAAGGACCUUCGAAGAGAUUGAGAAAUGUUCGCCCCACGAAACUCAUCGCCAACUGCCAUUUACGGCAAGGAGGAUGUGGCAGCCUAUGAGAUAAAACUCAAAAAGGUCUUGGGCCUGACUGUGUGCAGCAAUGCGGCUUUGGAUGUAUCCCCAGUCAGCGGUCUGCUGGCCUAUCCAGCUGGCUGCACGGUGGUGCUGUUCAACGCAAAGCGCCAGACACAGGCCUACUUGGUCAACACCUCCCGCAAAGCAUUCACAUCCGUGGCAUUUUCGCGAUGCGGUCGCUAUGUGGCCACCGGCGAGUGUGGCAUCAAUCCGGCGAUCAAAGUCUGGGAGCUGGAAACUCCCAACGGAAGUCUGGAGCACUGCAGCGGCGGCAAUGUUAUUGCAGAGUUUGUAGACCACAAAUAUGCCGUCACCUGUGUGGCCUUUUCGCCCACUGGCAAGUACCUGGUUUCGGUGGGCUCCCAGCACGACAUGAUUGUCAACGUGUUCGACUGGCGGGCCAACCUCAAGAUGGCCUCGAAUAAAAUCAGCUCCAAGGUGGCUGCCGUGUGUUUUGCCGAGGAUGGCAGCUACUUCGUCACCGUGGGCAAUCGCCAUGUCAAAUACUGGUAUCUGGAGGGAGGAAGAAAGUACAAGGAUCCCAUUCCCCUGAUGGGUCGGAGCGCCAUUCUGGGUGAUUUGCGGGACAACGACUUCUGUGCGGUGGCCUGCGGAAAGGGUAUCUGUGCGGAGAGCACGUACGCCAUCACGCGGCAAGGACACUUGGUGGAGUUCAGUUCCCGCCGCCUGCUGGACAAGUGGGUGCAGUGCCGCACCAGCAAUGCCAACUGUAUCUGCGUGAACGAGAGAUUCAUCCUGGUGGGCUGCGCCGAGUCCAUCAUUCGCAUCUUCAAUGCGGCCACGCUGGAGUACGUGACAACUCUGCCCAGGACUCAUUACUUGGGCGUGGAUGUGGCCCAGGGCAUUCAGAUCAACCACAUCAUGUCGGUGCCGCAGCAGGCCAAGUUCCCCGACUGCAUCGCCAUGGUUUUCGAUGAACAGCGUUGCAAGGUGAGCUGCGUUUACAACGAUCACUCUCUUUACAUCUGGGAUCUGCGCGACAUCUCACGAGUGGGCAAGUCGCACUCGUUCCUUUACCACUCCACUUGCAUCUGGGGCGUGGAGACAGUGCCAUAUAAUGUGGAGCGGGAGCCAUCGCAAACUCUCCCGGAGGAGUGCUUCGUCACCUGCUCCUCGGACGACACAAUUCGCGUCUGGGGAUUGGAUGGAUGCACCAACAAUGAUAUCUAUCGAAGGAACAUCUACUCCAAGGAACUACUGAAGAUUGUGUACAGCGAUGAGGAGCUGCAGUUCAUCAAGGAUCAGGGAUCUUCGCUAUUCGAUAAGGCCGGAAAUUCCUCUUAUGAUGGAAGGAAUGGUGUACGUUGCAUAAAGAUCAGUCCGGAACUGCAACACCUGGCCAGUGGAGAUCGGUGCGGCAAUAUACGUGUGUACAAUCUGGUCAAUCUGCGCCUGCUCACCACCAUCGAAGCUCAUGAGUCGGAGGUGCUUUGUCUGGAGUACUCCAAUGAGCGAAUCGACCGAAAGUUGCUAGCCAGUGCCAGUAGGGAUCGCCUGAUCCAUGUCUUUGAUGUGGCCCAAAAUUAUUUAUUGCUGCAAACACUGGAUGAUCACAGCUCCUCAAUCACCUCGAUAAAGUUUGUAGGUGCUGGACUCAAUUUCCAGAUGAUUAGUUGCGGAGCCGACAAGUCCAUUAUGUUUAGAAGUUUUCAGGGCAACAUCUUCAUGAGGGGAACCAACACCUCUGGAAAGACGACGUUGUAUGACAUGGAGGUGGACUCGAAUGCGAAGCACAUUUUGACCGCCUGCCAGGACCGCAAUGUGCGGGUCUACGGAACCCAAAAUGCCAAGCAAACAAAAACCUUCAAGGGUUCCCAUUCGGACGAAGGAAGUCUGAUUAAACUGAGCCUCGAUCCCAGUGGCAUCUAUGUGGCCACUUCGUGUACGGAUAAAACCCUGGCUGUAUAUGAUUACUACUCCAGUGAGUGCAUGGCGAGGAUGUAUGGUCACAGCGAGCUGGUUACGGGUCUAAAGUUCACCAACGAUUGCCGCCACUUAAUCUCGGCGAGCGGCGAUGGUUGUAUCUUCAUCUGGCAAGUGCCACACGAUAUGAUAGUGACCAUGCAGGCGAGGAUGUCACAACAGCGUCUCAGGUCGGGACAUGCUCCGUUGCCACGACCCCUGGCUUCCAUUUCACCACCUGAUGGUAUCGCCCUGGAAUCACCAACCAGUGAAAUAGAGCAGCCGCAAUUGCAGCCCAAGUUUGGAGUGGCCGAGAGGUUUUCGGAUGUGGGACAACUGCCUCAGUGGGCGAUGCGAAAAGCAGCAGCGGAUUCGGAUAGUGGAGCCCUGUCUAUACCCACUCCCAGUGGUGGAUCCACAAAUGUACCUGCCAUGCAUGCCGCUUCAUCAAUGGGAAAUCUGAGCUCAUCGCCGAGUCAACAGAUCCCAGGACUGGCACCCCGAGCCAGGGGCAGAUGGGCCCAGAGGAGCACACAAUUGGAAACGGCCGAUGACCUGCGCUCCAACUCGGAAAGUCCCCUGGGAACCGUUUCCUCUGUAGGUGGUCAUAGCGGUGUAAAUGUCCAGACUUCUGACUACAAUAGUGCCUCCUCCAAGGACAUUACAUACAAUCAAACCUACUUGAGCGAGGACUCCUCCAUCGAUUCCGGUAUGGAGACGCGAAGGGGCGAACUCAAGUUUAUCGGCAGCAGCAACAAUGGAACGGUGGUCACUGUGUCCUCCGUUUCCUCGAUGGCUGUUUCUGCCUCCAAUGGUGCCAUGUCAACGGGUUCUGGACCUGCCCAACAGCGACUCCAGCUGCCGGAUAAACGGUUGAAGCCGGGUCUGCGGUUCGAUACCCAUACCCAUGAUCAUGAUGGUGAUGUAGAGGAUAUAUCCGAUGGAGAGAGAACUAGCUCCGACCAUGGAAUGUUCUACAACAACCUGGCGCCCAGCACGCCAACAGAUUUCAAGGUGACGGCCAUGAACGAGGAUGAGCUGCGCAAAUCAGUGCGCCGUCAAAAGUUUGAAAAGACAGGGCUUCAGCUUACCACCGCGGCGCUCAGUGGAAAUGGAAGUUCGCAUACGGCGAGCACCGGAACCGGAACAGGAACCUCGGAUACCGAGGACGAAGGCUCCACGCCAAGUGCCGAAAACGCAGAACGUUCGCUGGCCUCCACGCUGGGCGGUAGCUCGGAAAAUCUCCCCCAGAGCAGCAGCAAUAGUUUCCUGCAUGCUGCUCUGCCCGAGGGACCGGGAUUAACAACGCCCAUGGAACGGGGUGGCAGCAGUCGCCGCAGCAUCAGUGCCAAGCACAAUACAGAAAAUGGAAAAAGCGUGGCCGCACCGCCCACCAUCACCAAGUCAUAUACGAGCACCAAAAAGGAGGAGCUGCUGCAGGUCAUCAACAAGGUCAAGCAGCAACUGGAGAAUGGUACGCGCAAAAAUGGCAACACAAGGUUGAAUGCUAUAGCCGAGGUAGGCCAUAGACCCCUUCGGGGAAGCCAUAGCAUAUCGGACCUGAGUCUGGCUGCCAAUUUGGAUGGAUCAAGGAAUGUGGGCGGAGGACCAGGACGUUACACAAAGCCGGUUGCUUCCCAUGACACUUCGCAGUGUAUUAGCUCCCAAAACACAACAGCAACUGCUGCAACUAAAAAUACCCAGCAGCAACAUCAGCAACCAGUGCAGCAGCAGCAAUAUCCAAUAACCAAGGAGCAACUUCCGCAAACCCAGCAGCAACAUCAGCACUAUGCUCCCCCAUCUUCCCAGCAAUUCUUCAAUUGUGCCGCCCCGAAAUCCAAGUUGCAACAGAACUUCCAAACCAUGCGACAGGUUCAACAGCACUAUCCUCCUUAUCCACAUCAUGUGGGGGUUCAUCAGAUCCAUCCACCUCCUGGAGUUCCAUUUGGUGGAUGUGCAGCGGGAUCCUCAUCUGUGAUGCGUUCACAUUCCCAGCAGCAGCAACAUCAUCACCAACAGCAGCAGCAGCAGCAACAACAGAGGGCUAAAAGAAAUCCAGCUGGGAAUAAUAGACGUACACCUAGUAUUUUAAAGCACUACAAAUCCUGUCCAGUAUCUCCGGUCCACGAAGAGGUAGAAUGGUCCGCUGAGGGAAAUGAAAGAGGAGCUCUACUUGGUGAACCCAAAAGACAUUCGGUUUAUGCAGAUGAUGCAAGAACUAUUUUGGAUAUGAUCCAUGCUGAUACGGAAAAGAUGAUUGAUGAGAUCACCCGAAAGUAUGGAGACCUGGAUGAACCCAGUAUACCAGCUUCGUACUCGAUGCCAGCGAAUCUGCGAAACUUGGGAGGACUGGGUUCCACUGGUGACUCCACACCCACGGGUAGAACCACACAGUAUUAUGUUUACAGGGAGUUCUAUCAAUGCGAGAGGAAAGUAUCCCUUUCGGAUAUCCUGCAACCUGAGCAAUAUGCCGCCAGCCAGAGGAGAUUGGAUGAGGCCCGGUUUCUGGAGACGCAACGGCACUCCAGUGCCAGUUUCUUCCUCACCGGACAGCAAAGUCAGGAGUCACUCUCCCUGCUCUCCGAUGGCGAUGGUCCUGGAAGCUAUUGCAAUAGUUUGGAAAGCGUUCUAUCCGACGAAAGUGAUUGCCAGAGUGCUCCCCUGGAGUAUCCCCAAACUCAGGUGGCUGUUCUUCAGCAACGUCAUGCUGGCAUCCGGAACUUUAUCAUCCACGGACCAGUGUCCAAGUCCUACGGGAAUAGCCCGAAUGCCUAUGGCAGCUUCGAUUACUAUAUGCGACAACAGCAUGCUACGACAACGGAUAGCUUUGAUGUCACCGGCUACAAUCUGGAGCCACUAAAGCCACUGCCCAGUUCGAAGACAUAUCCGAGAAUAGCUCAGGUUCAGGCCACUGAAAAUAUACCCACUCUGCGCUCGAAGAACAAGCAAUAUAACUCAGGUGUUAACAAGUCUUUGAGUACGGACUUUGCCCAACAGCGUCAGCAAAGGAACUCGAAUCCCAUGCAAUCGGGAAAUAAUCUUUUUGUGAGGAAACCCCUUAAACCCAAGCCCCCAGUGCCGGCCAAACCACAGAAUCUAAUCAGCACUUUGAGCCACAUGGAGAAGCAGCAAAAGCAGAAAUCCCAGUCCAGAACUGCCAGUGUAGUCCAGCAAUUUGAGCAUAAUUUGCAGAAAUUCGAAAGAGAAAAGCAACGCGAGAGGGAUCAGCAGAGGAGGCCGGCGAUGAGGAGUUCAGUGAGUUCUGGGGCUCUGGCCGGAGGUUCGGCAACCCAAAGUUGUCUGAAGAAAGUCUCCCGUUUCGAUACCAGCGAAAGCAAUCGAAGAGCCACCAGUGUGAGGCAGAAGAACAGGCCAAAGAUCUCGGUGCGUUUUAAUACAGUCUCCCAAAUCAAGUAUACGCCCAGUGCCAAAAGGGAGAGGGAACGGCAGGCCAGGGAGGAAGAGCCACCGGAAAUGGAGGUGGGCAGCCUGCCCAGUGAUUAUGGUGAGCGCAGCUUUGAAAUGUAUUUCGCGGAAAACGGAAAUGCCCCGGAGAAUUUGGAAAAUAUGCAGACUCUUAAACUCUAUACCAAACCUCAACUGCAGGCAGUGGUAGAUGAGAUCCAGCAAGAGCGGGAAAAAUACAGGAAAAACCUAGACAAUGCUGGGAAAAUCAGUGGAAAAGGGGGAAAAGGGGCAAGUGGGAAGGGAAAAGGAGCAGGCGGCUCCACAAGCCAUCAGUGCCAGAAUAUAGCCAAGAAGAUCGAUAUUAUUGAAAAGUUAAUCGCCAUGGAGGAGAACAAAAUGGAGCAAAUACGUUUGGCCACCGAAUCGCGGUUGAGGCCCUUCAAUUGCAAUGCCAAGGAAAAGGGUUAUGUGAAGAGUUUGACCAUGAACUUUGACAUGCUGGCCCGAGGGGAGGAGCCCACAGAAGAUGAGGAGCUGACCUCCAAAGAUGCCUCCGAUCUUUGUGCCUAUGCCAGAAAUAUCCGGAGGAAUUGCAGUUUGCCCGAUGUUCUGGAGAGCACCGAUUUUACUGGCAUCUACAAUAGCCAGGGUGUGGAAUUGGCCAAAGAAGUGAUAGCCGAUGAUGAGGGCGUUGAUACAGCGAAUCCAGAGAUCCCUGCUGAUAGCACCGAUCACGAUGACAUCGGACCCACUGUUGUUUUGAGGAUGGAGCCAGGCAAUCCCAAAACGCUCAAUCCCAUGCCCAUCGAGGAGUCCUCCAUACGCCGCGCCUGCUCGCUGAGCGACCUGCACAUGGGCAACUUUGGCAAGCCCGGCAAAUCGAAUGGCACACCACAGAAGCCGCAGGUUCAGCACCGAAAUGGAAAUGUCUCGCGAUCGGCCAGCAAAAGGAAUAGUUUGCAAGGCAAAACCGGAUUGGGUGCCUCCAGUAACUCAAUGAACGUUCUGAAUCACGGUAGCGAUUCCGAACCCGAGGACAGCAAUCGUUUGCGUAGUGCCAGCAACGGACAGGGACGCAGCAACGGACCCAUUGCUGCCAGUCGCCAGUACAGCAACAAGAUCAACAAUGUCAACAACAAUCGUCGAAAGACACCAAACUUCAGCAGUGCCACACCCAUGCAGGACGACUCUAGCUCCGAGGAGACGCCCAACAGCACUGUCAACAACAAGCCCAUUGUGCCACCAAGGCCAAGAAAUUUGGGCUUUGAUCACAAGAGCAAGCUAAUGAUUAACAAUAGUGGCAGCCCGGGCGGAAUUGCCAAACAGAGAAGUGGAGUGACUUCCACGGAGGACUUCGAGGGCACAGAUCCCGAAGCCCAAGUACACAAUGUGAUUAAUAAACUUUACACGACUACACAGGCAGCUAUGCAGCUGCAUGCGAAUCUGAAGAAUUCGCUGCUGCUAAAGGAACUGGAGAACGCCCUUAUUAUGUCCAGAAAUAUGCUAAGCAGCAUCACCAAUAGACAAGCGGAGAAAACAAACAAUGGAGGCGGAGUGGGCGGGGGAUUGGGAAUGGGUGGUAGUGGGGGAUUGAACCACGAUCAGCUGAGCGCUGACAACGGAGACUAUCUGAUGAUGGUCAACAACUGUGCCGAUCUUUUGAGCAAUUUACGCACGAAGCACAAACCCGAUGACUGUGAGAAUAACUCCUAGUGUGUAGAGCUUAGGCUAGACUAAAUGACUAAACGAUGGCAGAGGAUCUGCGAGGAGGACUAACCAGCACCUAUUUAUUUAACUGAAACCACACACCCAGGCGAAUGGCAAACAAAUCAAGCAACAAACCACUAAUUUGUAAUUAAUAACCAUUCACAGAUGAUGUAAAUUUAUUUCUUUAGUAAUUAUUUCAAGUUGCGUAGCUGCUAAGUUUAUCUGUUUCGUUUUUGUGCGCGUGUGCAUUUCUUUUAACAAUAAUUUAUAUGGCAACCAAUUGCGUUUAGCUUGAAUUAAAUUCUGUAAAUGUUAAGUUUAAUAAGCAGUUUUUGUACGUGUUAAGUGUUAUUUGAGUUUAAGGCCACGAUGAUACGGAAUGUCCGGACUAGAGGUGUCGAGCGAAUUGUUACAAAGUGCGCUUAGUGUAUGCCUUUUUUCUGUAUGAUUUAUGUUCUCUAUUUUGUUUAUGUUCUGUUUGUGAAUCAGUCAAAAUGUAAAAGACAAAACUACGAGAAAUGUGUGUCAAAUUUGAAUAUUCCAAAAUUUAAAUUUAUACCCCAUAUACUAUUUGUAUGCCUACUCACAUUAUACUUAUAACCACAAAUGAUUAUCUGAGAAAUGCUUAUGUGAAGAAUCAAAGAUAUUUCAGACUUUUGAUCAGAGCGAAAAUCUAUUUCGAAACAAUUUGUUCUGUAAUUAUUCUGUAUUAGUUAAUUAUUCGAUUGUAUUUACAACAAUUAUAACACUACCUAUAAAUAUACAUAUAUACCUAGAUAUGAACUUGAAUUAGUCCUAAAAUUUACAUUACAAUAAUUUACAACUAAACGAAAUGUAUUAAAAUUAACUUCAAAUAGGAAAAAACAACACUUAUGAUUAAUUAUGCUAUCUAAACUCAAAACUAAACUUAAAAAAGCAACUAAUUCAAAGCGAAAAUAAUACAUAAUGCAUAAUUUUUGAAAACAUUAAACCACGUUUCUUCUUCUUCACCCUUGAUUACUGUUAACAACAAACUCGCCCAUUCUGUUAACAACUAAAAACCGAGACCCCCUGGACUUAUAGCAUAAAUUUUUACUUAAUUUAGCAGCAUAGAUUUUGGGGUCUCAGAACUCUAAUUCUCCAGUGAUCUACCCAUAUGUAACUUUCAUAUGGCAGAAGGAUUCCAUAAAAACCAAACUUUUCAACAUACCAUGUAUAUAGGAUGGGCAGCAUUCAGAACAAUAUAAUAUUCUCAUCCACACUCGAUUAAUACAACUAACUGACAGGAAUUGUGUAUUGUGUAACAUUUAAGAAACAUGAAAGCCGUAUAAUAAAAUAUAAUUCAACGUUUACCGGACAAAAGUA